GAAUGUUUGAAGUUUAUAAUGACCAACAAAUGCCAACAAAUCAGUCGUUGAAACUCACUUGAAAGCAACCAGCGGACGUGUAUAAUUUUGUCCUCUUAAAUAUUACUUAAAUAACAUAUUAAUUUGAAGUGAAAAUUAAUUUAACAAACAAAAUGUCAAACUCAAUUGUUAUCGAAGCAACAGCUGAGCACACUGCAACGUUGAUAUUUCUUCAUGGUCUUGCUGAAACUGGAAAAAAUUGGAUUGAAGCCUUGAAAAAAAUUCAAUUGCCAAAUGUUAAAAUUAUUUGUCCAACUGGACCAACAAUUCCAAUCACAUGGAAACAAGGAACUCCAAUGACAGCUUGGUUUGAUGUAUUGGGAAUGAAAACUGGAGCACCUGAAGAUGAAGAUGGAAUAAAAUCAUCAUCAAAAAUUGUUCAUAAAGUUAUUGAAGAUGAAAUUAAAUCUGGAACACCAUCAAACCGUAUUAUUGUUGGUGGAUUUAGUCAAGGUGGUGCACUUGCAAUAUAUUCUGCUAUAACAUUUUCUCAACAACUUGGUGGUGUUUUUUCAUUGUCUUCCUGGUUAGCACUUCAUCAGCAAUUUCCAGAAAAUGUUGUUGGAAAUAAAACAACACCAUUUUUAUUAUGCCAUGGAGACAAGGAUCCAAUAAUUCCUCAUCUCUGGGGACAAAUGGCAAUAACGUUGUUGAAAAAAACCAUGACAAAUGUCGAGUUUAAAACUUAUGCUGGCUUGGAUCAUCGAGCUUCUGAUGAAGAAUUCCUAGAUGUCAAACGUUUUAUUGAACAACUUCUAUAAGAAAAAAAACUAGCUGUAAUUUUAUACUGAAAUUCUUUCGAAUGUUCUUUUUGGCUUGAAAAUUAAUUAAAUAAAUAAAUUUUUAAAAAUUAA